CCUAGCAACCAUCAUGGCGACGAGGAAGCCUAAGAGAGGUUACAAAGACAUGUCAGGCAGUUUAGCUAACAUUUGUUCUCUCUGAGAUGACUAUGGAAGUGAUAAAAUAGUAUUACAACAAGUAUGGGAUUUAAAAAUAAUACCACCAUGGAUGCAAAGAGAGGUAAAGCAUACUGCCCUGGAGCCUCAGGCAACUUGACAAAACAAUGUCUCGUUCAAGACCACAUGUUUGCACAUUACAGGAAGGUGUAUACUGCUAAGGCUGCUGUGGAUACCUCAGCACCAAAAAGCAUGCAAAGUAGCAUCAAAUACUCUGACCAAAAGCGUCGAGAGCGGUUGAAGAGGGAGGCAUCUCAGCGUUCAUUAUCCUCCAGGUCACUGAGGAGCAGACUGGAUAACACCAGAGAAUCAUGCUCCUUAAAAGCUAGCAGGACCUCUCUCCAAGCAGACGAGGAUGGCUGCCAUUACUUGGGGGGCUCUGUGAUGUCUUCGCCUAGGCUCAACACUUCAUUCCAUAUCAGAGAGAUUGCAUACCCGUCCCAAAGAGCGACCACAGCUGGGAGCACCCACAACUGCCAUCGCUAUGCCUCCGAAUUCAACUACCGAGACCCCCACCCUCAGAAGCAGCAGUUCCUCCGGUCCUGUGGUACCACUGGCAGCCAAAGCGCAUUCAAAGCUUUCCAGGACCCAGUCCAGAAGACGUACAGCGGAGACCUCAUGCUCAAGCACUCCAAGCAUUUCAAGCCCGAAAAGCCCUUCACACCCCGCACGUUGAAGAAGGACAGCAAGUCCUACCUGUCCCAGUACCGCUUCUACACCCCCCCGAGGAGGAAAGCGUCAGAGGAGACGAGCCCAAGGCUGGUACAGCAGGACUCAUCUCGUGGAAGCUCUGAACCCAAGGACAACUUUGCUGCAGAAUGGGAUCUGCCACAGACAUUUGACCUUGAGUCUGAAAUAUUUGAUGAAGACACCAGUCCAAAUGGGAAACACAGUAAAGUGAACAAGACAAAAGGCAGCAGUUUUCUUUCUUCAUCCAGAAUGUCUCCAGAUGGAAUCAAGUCUCCCAUCAUGCGGAAGGUGAAUGAAGAGGAAGAAGAGUUACUCUACCUGGAGUUUAUUGCAGAUGUGACAAAUGAAAUCUUGACAUUGGGGCUGUACAAUGACCGAGUAUUGAGAAGGGUAUUUCAGCGUCAUAUUGAUACAAAUAAACAUCACCUGGAUGAGGAUAAAAUGCGCCACCUUCUGGACAUUUUGCAUCAUGAUAUUCAGAGUCCCUCAAAUGCCUCCACUUUUUGUGUACACCCUGCAAAAAAGCAUAGAGAGAAGGACACAUUUCCACAAGACGUCCCAAGCUUUAGUUCCGAUUUAACAUCACAGCCUAAAUUAGUUCACAGACCUUCCUCCUCCACUAUGUUUGACAGAGACCUUGAGUCACUAGGGAAGAGAAAUCAUUUAAUAGUUUCCACUCCUUUGCAGCGCAGCCCAACCAGCAACACUUCCUAUAGUCUGCAAGGAGAGACAGAAGAUGGUAAUUUAAGGUAUAGCCUAAGCAGCUACAGUUCACAUGCUCUGGAUAGAGGGACGGAAGAUAGAUCGUUCAAAUUUGAUCCAACCAGCUACAGUUCACAUGAUCUGGACAGAGAGAUAGAAGGUGGACCAUUAGAUUUUAACCUAGCGAGAUACAGUUCAGACGUUCCGGACAAAGAGACAGAAGAUGAUCUGUUAGAUUUUAACCCAGCGAGAUACAGUUCAGACGUUCUGGACAAAGAGACAGAAGAUGGUCUAUUACAAUAUAGCCCCGAUAGCCACAGUUCACAUGUUCUGGAUGGAGAGACAGAUGACUGUCCAAGGAAAAGUAGCCCAACAAACUAUGGUCUAGAUGGGGAGACAGAAGAUGGUCAAGAGCAGCAAAAUAUCAGAGAAGAUGAUUUGUCACCUGGAACUGAGCACAACCACCUGACUCCUGAGGAGAAUGAAGCUCUUCAAUCCACAGAGGACAAUAACGAACUCUCUGGAGAGCUUGAGGAACUUGGAUUAAACAUGGAGUCUUUGCAUGUGUCCCAGACACCACCCAAGACAAUUAAGGAUGAACAAGAUUUUAGCAUAUUUAGUGACGAUGAGUUUUGACUAAGGUAUUAUGAUGUAGCAGACAUUAGGUCAACUCAACACUGCACUGAAAGCACACACAGUUUUGGAGUUAGUAUUUUUUCCCCCACAGUUUUCUGACAUCCACAGUACUAGUAUAAUAUGAACCAUAUUAUACACUCACUACGGCCACGAGUAGCCUACAGAGGACAGUGCUUGUAUGCAACAACACAAAUGUAUUGUACAUGAACAGUGUGUCAUCGUCACAGCUUAUUAGUUUUAUUUCACUUUAUUCACCUUGAAUGUGGAUCUCUAGCCAUCCAAGAGAUAGUAGUAUUUUUGUAGCCUUUUUCAUGUCAACAGGAAAAUAAAAUAUUUUAUAUUUUAGUUA